AUGAUUUUGCUUAAACGAUUGGCAGCAGAACUGAUUGGCACUUUCGGAAUGGUGUUUGCCGGAACCGGGGCCAUCAUGAUUAAUGAGUUGUCCGGUGGGAAAGUAACCCACUUAGGAAUGGGCAUAACCUUUGGCCUGAUUGUGGCCGCCAUGAUCUUCACCUUUGGGUCAAAAUCCGGUGCACACAUAAACCCGGCGGUCACCCUGGGCUUUGCUAGCACCCGCCGCAUUCGCUGGGGCGUGGCCGCUUAUUACAUUCCAGCGCAGUUGGCGGGCGGAAUACUGGCAAGCCUGGCUCUGUAUUACCUGCUGGGGCCGGCCGCCAACAUGGGCGCUACCCUGCCCUCGGGGAGCGUGGAGCAAUCCCUGGUUCUGGAAGGCAUACUUACGUUCAUCCUCAUGGCGAUAAUAAUGUCCCUCAGCAUAGAACCCCGAAUCGCCGGGCCGGUGGCGGCGUUGGCCAUUGGCGGAACGGUGGGAUUGGAAGCAAUCUUUGCCGGCCCGAUUUCUGGCGCUUCCAUGAACCCGGCCCGCUCUCCCUUGGCGCCGGCGCUGGUGGGUUGGGAGUGGUACGGCCACUGGGCUUACUGGGUGGGCCCCAUAGCCGGCGCGGCCCUGGGCGCGGUAGUGGUCUGCUGGCUGAAGGGAGUCAGGAUCUUCGGUAGUGAAGAGGCGAAAGAAGCAGAGAAUGCCACUGACGAAGACCAGGAGUUGGCUUUAAAGGGGCGCGAACAACGAUCGUCUCGACCAGCGGAGGAGGCCGACUAG